UAACAUUAAUAACAAUAAAUCUAUGAAGUAACCUAACACGUCUCUGCUCGGCGGUAGCAACCUGUUUCUGCACGCACCUUUGCUCAAUGCGGUGCAUUUGACACCUAGACCCCGCUACACACUGAUAGCGUCUAUUGAUAAAACCACGGGCUGCGCGGAAGCUCGCAUUUAUUUUUUUCUUGCUACUCUGCGUUUGUCUCCACGUACAUUUUGACCGACGGCUUCACGCGACGCUUUUAAACGAACCGAGCCGCGUGCCCCCCCCACACAAAAAAAGCCUGCCGAUGUGAAGGAACAGCCCCGUUCACGCGGCGCCGCUCUCCCCGUCAAAGGCGACAUUGUGUUCGGUCUCUGGCAUCUGCUGGCGGCUGCUGCGGACAGGACGGUGCGAUUCAUCCUCGGCCGGGUCAGCAGAGACGGCUCGGCUGCUUCAGCUGUAGGUCCGACACCGACACGCUGAUGUGGUGCUAAACUAACUCACUUAACCACGGAUACGAUCAUUUAGAGCUCGCAGCGUGACUUUAAAUCACAUUGAGACUUGUUGACGCGAUGCGAGUGGAAAAGUCUAAAAAUAUUCAUGUCAAAAAAAAGACAGGAAAAAAAGCGCGUGUUAAGCAUUUCCUCUACGUCCCCAGAUAUUGAUCCAAUGCUUCAAACUACCAUAUAUCCACAUGUCUGCAGUAGACAGAGGAAGCGGUCAGAUAUAUUACUUAAGAACAAACUCCAUCACAAGCGAAAGUCCUGCGUUUAAAUAGCACAUCUUAAGUAAAAGUGCUCCAUGCGUAAACGUGUUACUAUAAUAUAUACAUUAUUUUGUGGUCGAGGUGCAUCUAUUUUUUUUUAUACACUGUAGUUGAGUAUUUAAAUUUCUAACAGUGCAUCACAGCUUUUAAAAUCAUCACGUCUAAAGACAAAAUCUUAAUUUCUAAGGGUCUCUGUUUAGUUGUAGUGGAGUUGCAGUUUCACCUGAAGUAGAAAUGCUAAAAUAAAGUACCUCUAAAUUGUAGGCUAUGCUGAGAGUGCUUCUGCGGACAGAGCGUUUGCCUGAUUUAAUGUUCUUUAUAGCACAGCAGUGGAUUUCGUUGGUGUGCAGAAGAGGAAGAAGAAGAAGAGGAAGUGUGUAGCCUGCCGCCUCUGGAGAGGCCAGUGAUGACUUUCCAUGUCAAUGGUCCCCUCUCAGCUCCAGGAAAGAGGAAAUAAUGUGAGCGCUGCUGCAGGAGAGCGUCGGAAUGAAAACAGUGACGCCCUGCGACUUCUAAAGUGCAGCGGAAGGAGAUGAUAGAGGGGGAAUUAAGAAACAUGACUUAUGAUCGGCAGAGGUAGAAAAAGACACGGGCCGUCUUUCUGCAGCUCUAUAGAGCUAUCUAGUGCAUCGCAUGAGCACAGUGAGCUUCAGUGUCUUUUUUCGACAUGCGGAACGUAUCUUCUUGCAGGCAUGGAGCAGAGGUAAGGGUUCAUUCACGGAUGGCCAGUUCCACUCCUGGAGAGCACAUUCCUGCAGCACAGCGGCGUCACGAUGAGCCCACCGGCCUCCGCUUCAGUCGCCAUCUAUCCACCCAUCUAUCGCCAUGGUGAGAGAGAGAGAGAGCUCCCGGACCCUGACUCUGUUGCUGUGGUGAUCCUGUAGCAGAGCAACAGUCACUAUGGGAACGUCCAGGAUGUUCCGUAUUUUCGUGGUCCUGGGCUCGGCCUUCAUGAUCCUUCUGAUCAUCAUCUACUGGGACGACGUCGGAGCCUCCCACCUGUACUUGCACACUCCCGUCUCGCCGGGCCCCAAAAUCCCCCAUCCCCCUCCUCAUCAUCAUCAUCAUCAUCAGCCUCAAACCUCACGGACACCGUCCUUCCUGUCAGACAUCGACGCCUUCGUGAACCAGUUCCUAGAGCCGGGAACCGGCGAGCCCACAGACCCCGCCCCCGCCGACACAAGCAACCAAUCGGAGAAAGCAGAGGAGCGGUAUGUACCGCGGCGGGAGUGGAAGAUCCACCUGACCCCAGUGGCAGCCGAGCUCCGGGACAGACAGGAGCAGCGGCGGCGGUUACUCCAGGAGAUGUGCGCCAACGACAGCGUGGCGUUUCCUGGCAAAAACCGCUCCUUUGACGACAUUCCCAACAGGGAGCUGGACCACCUGAUCGUGGACGACAGGCACGGUGUCAUCUACUGCUAUGUUCCCAAGGUCGCGUGCAGUAACUGGAAGCGCAUCAUGAUAGUCCUCAGUGAAAGCCUGCUGCGGGACGGCGUCCCCCAGAGAGACCCGUUGGCCAUCCCCGGGGACCUGGUCCACAACAGCAGCAUGCACUUUACCUUCAACAAGUUCUGGAAACGAUACGGCAAGUUUGCAAGGCACCUCAUGAAGGUGAAGCUGAAGAAAUACACCAAGUUCAUUUUUGUGCGGGACCCCUUUGUGCGCCUCAUCUCCGCCUACCGGAAUAAAUUCGAGCUGCGCAACGAGGACUUCUAUCGGCGCUUCGCACAGGUCAUGCUGCGCCGCUACGCCAACCAGCCGACACCGCCGGCCUCUGUGGACGAGGCGUUCGACGGGGGCAUCCACCCCUCCUUCUCCAACUUCAUCCAGUACCUCCUGGACCCUCAGACGGAGAAGGAGAUGCCCUUCAACGAGCACUGGCGGCAGGUGUACCGGCUGUGCCACCCGUGCCAGAUUCAGUACGACUUUGUGGGCCACCUGGAGACGGCGGAGGACGACGCCGAGCACCUCCUGCGCCAGCUGCGGGUGGACAACGUGGUGGAGUUCCCCACCUCCCACAGGAACCUCACGGCCAGCACCUGGGAGUCCGAUUGGUUCAGCACACUGUCUGCCGAGGCUCGGAGAGAACUCUACAAGCUGUAUGAAGCCGACUUCAGGCUCUUUGGCUACGACAGACCAGACUCCAUCCUCAAUGAGUGACCCACGUUUCUACGAAACUCACCCAGCCACACACACAGACACACGUUUUUUUUUAUGUAAUGAAAUAAUGCUACACUCCAACAGCAGUGACACCUCCCCUUGUUCUGGAGUUUGCAGAUGUAUCCUCCAGGCUUGUGUGUGUGUGUGUGUGUGUGUCCUACACUGAAUGUGCACACUGUUAAGGACGCUCGCUGCUCUAAAGAAGCACACUAAUGAGGUGAAUCCAGGUUAAUUGCCAUUAUCAACCGUUUUCUUUACAAAUCACAAAGAUAACAAGAAGCACACGACGGUUGACAUCGUGCAAGCAGCGCGUGUCCCCGACGCGUCGCACAUUCAAAUGUAGUCCUCAACCCAAAACUCCGCUCCCAACGUUGAUGUCACGCCACGCCCCGUCACGUCACGGUUGAGUCGUGACUCACUGCGACGGUCACGCAGGCUUUUGUAGCAGGAUGCCGAGUUGAUGUCACAGAGCCGUACAUGUUGGCGAUGUCGCGGGAACCCUUUUGGUCGUGACGCCGACACGUAUGCAAUGAACAGGGAAACGUGGGCGCCGAGUGAAAGCAAGGUGUUUGUAGAUUAGUUUUUAAGAGUGUCAGUGGUCGUGUAAUUUAUUUCACAUUGUGGAAGCACAAUGUUUAGGUGGAGGACGAAAGGGAUUUUUUUAAUGCGUGUUUAAAAAGACGUCGGAGACAUCAGAGACAGGUAGACUUCUUUUAUACCUCACGCAGACGAAGCGGAUACUCGUUUGUUACACAACACGUUCUGCACCACCUUAUUACAUUAAUAGAUUAAUUCAUUUCAGACACGUUAGCAGCUUGCUCCCUUCGACCAGUUUUCAAAGCAUGAUGAUAUCUCAUCGUACAGAAGCGCAGCAGUUCCAGUGAACGUCUGCCCGCACAUCUGGAUUUGUCUCAGCUCGUCUAAUGAGGCAGGAACCUGGAGUUUCUACUUUCUAUUCAUUUCGUCUCAGCUGGAUGUACAGAGGUGAGCCCGUAUUCCAAAGGGAACGGGAUCUUUUAAUGCUUGUUGUGUUGCCAUGACGCCGUUAUCAUCAGCGUUUGAUCACACACACACACACACCCGCACGCGAGCGAGCUGCAGUUAUUAACGUUGGCCUACAUCGGGUAACCCUGGAGACUGCAGCAGUGCAGUUUCACGGGCAGCGUUUUCGUGGGAUGCACGGUGUCUUGGAGCGAGGAGCCGUGCACAUAAUGUGGAGCCAAAACCGAGUGGGUUGUUUGUUUUUCUAGUAUUUGCAGUGGAGAUCCAUCACUCCACAUGUGUUAAUGCAAAAGGAGGCUAUGCCAGUAUUAAUGAAGGGGGUUAAGAGCGGGGAUCAAUCAAUGAUCGGAGCGCGGAUCGGGCUGCAUGUUUUAUACGAGGAGAUAAGACCGUGCCUUUUGGUUGCAAAAGUUUACACAGCAAAAAAAAAAAAAAAAAAAAAGUAUUUUUGUAGAAGGACUUAAUUUUUACUUUGAACACGAUGCAGUGAGAACUGUAUGAAGGUACACUUGAUACACCGGGAUAUUCUCUCUCUCUCUCUCUCUCUCUCUGUGCUCGUGUCCAGUGGAUUGCUUUCUUUGUGUGUCAUUUAACACGGGAUUACUGUGUGGUUUGUACUGUAUGUGAUUAUUCUGCAAGUCACUAAGCUGUAUGUGUCUCAAUGCCUUCUGGGUUAUUUGUUUCGUACACAUUUGGGGCUUUUUGUGACUCCUGAAUGACUUAGUUCAGUGAGUUCUGGUUAGGAUGGGAUUCAUUCCGAGUCAAUGAGUGGUUUUUCCAGAUGUCUGCCAUCGUCGUGUGGUGUGGUUUUUUUUUUUCUCCCAUGUAGGUCUAAGUGUUCACACAGAAAAGCAGGUCAAUGCUCGGCACAAAAACAAAAGAAAAGAGACCGAGUCAUCACACACUCCCACCUCACCAGUGUUUGGAUCGUCAGGUUUUUAUAUCUCUUUUGUAUUUUGGUUUUGCUCUUCUGUCUUAUUUUCUUGUUUUACAGUCCCAAUGUCAAACAUGUCAGACUUUUUGCUCUCGGCUGUAUUUUCUGUAAAAGCACAAACAGCAACACAGUAAGAUGGAGUCAUUUUGUAAAGGGAACAGUUUAUUUAUUAGCAGAAUAAAACCUGAAUACAUGCUGCUUCUGGAAUGGGAAUCUUUGGGUGGCAAGAGAUCUUUAUGAAGAUUAGUUGGACUGGCGGCAUGUUUUUAUUUUUAAUGGUACACAGUGACCCGAAGCUUCAACAGCAUGGAUACUGUUAAACGGUUUAAAGGUCUGUUGAAGCUGUGGUGCCACAUCUUGUCCUACAUUAGUGUCCCUGACCAAAAAAAAAAAAAAUCUAUUUUUGUGAUUCCUGUUUUUGCUAAACAUGUAUUCAUAUUUCAUUAAGUCACAAAAGACUUUGUCUGACAAACGCGUUCCCUCUCUCAUGUUUAUGGAAAAUGCAAAGUGUUCAUUCAGUGUUAUGGUGUCAUGCGUCAUCUGGUCUUCGUUAAAGAGAAAUAAAGGUUGUGGGGCAUGGUGGGAUACGCAUUAGUCUCUCUUUAUGAAUUAAGAUUUCUUCCUCAUUUCACAUUAGAUAAUAUUGGCACAAGGAUGUCCCUUCAAAUAAUUAUUUGUAUUAUUGUCUCACCACCAUGAAGCAGAAUAGUCUGUAGUGAGGGCUGACAUAACAGCCUUGUGGGAAUGGGGGAGGGUAAUACUCCUUAUCAGUGCAACAGGAAAGGAAAACUGCACCCACAGAAAUGUAAACAGGAAAUGUGGACAAGUCUAUCGAAAUCAAGGAAACCUCUGGAUGUUUAUGCCUGAAACAUUAACAUGCCGUCUUCACGACACAUUCAUGAAGGUAUACGUGCACAUGCGAAACACCAAAGAGCCGUCAUCACAAACCUGAUGGGAUCAAAGAGAACUUGGGAUAAGGAGUUGUGUGCCAGGCAGGAGAAUAAUCGUACUUCUACCCGGUCACUUUAAGACAAUGUUACUUUGAACCA